AUGGAAAGUUUACCAUUCAUUGAGAAGUACAGACCUAAGAAGAUAGAUGACCUGAUUGGCAAUGAGAGUGCCAAAAAGACAUUCAGAGGGAUUAUAAGGGAAGGAAGCAUGACUAAUCUCCUCCUAUGUGGCCCGCCAGGCACUGGUAAAACCACCUCUAUUCAUAUCUUAGCAAAAGAGUUACUUGGGAAAGACUAUAAGUACCAUUUUUGUGAACUAAAUGCUAGUGAUGACCGUGGAAUUGACGUUGUAAGGAACCAGAUCAAGUCAUUUUGAAAGAAAAAAUCCUUCCUACCAGAAGGAAAACAUAAGAUGAUCAUCCUUGAUGAGGUUGACUCCAUGACUGAAGCUGCACAACAAGCUCUAAGAGUUAUCAUGACUGAUUACUCAAACACAAGAUUUGCACUAGCUUGUAACGACAGCAGCAAGAUCAUUGAACCAAUCCAAAGCAGAUGUGGAGUCAUCAGGCUUAGAAAGGUAGAACAAGAUAAAAUGACAGAGAGAUUCAUUCAAAUCUGAGAAAAGGAAGAAGUCAAGUACGAAAAAGAAGGCAUUGAUGCCUUAGUUUUCUGAGCAGAUGGAGACCUCAGAGCUGGGAUCGGCUCUCUCCAAGCCACUGUGUCUGGAUUCGGAGCAAUCACUCAAGAAACUGUGUUUAAAGUUGUUGAUCUCCCCCAGCCUGAGGUUUUAAAGAAAGUUUUAAUGGCCUGAAUUCAAGGUAAAUACUCAGAAGCUGUAUCCCAGAUUGACAAAGUGCUGAAGGAAGGCUACAACAUGGUAGAUGUGAUUGGCACCUUCAUGAAAGUAAUACAGCAGGCAAAGAUAAGUGAAGAUAAAAGAUUAGAGUUUCUUUCUCUCGCUACAGCCUUGAAAAUGAAGAUCUUGCAGGGUCUUGACUCUAAACUGCAGUUUCAUAGCUUGCUAGCACAAUUAAGUUAGUUUCAAUAAUUUCUUAACUGAUG